GAGACAUUAAACCAACGUGACCCCAACAGAUAGGCGUGGGAUGACCCGCAGGUGUCCGAUACUUGUGUGACCUGCACACCUCAACAUUGAUAUUUAAGGUGACUAAAGACGACUUAACUCGAUCCCUACUGUCCUGCAUUAAUGGCCAAUGUGAAGAAGGUUUGUGUUAUUGGGGCCGGAGUGAGCGGAUUGUCUGCGAUCAAAUCAUGUCUGGAGGAAGGUUUUCAACCAACCUGCUAUGAGCAGCACGACGAUCUAGGUGGGAUCUGGUACUACACCGAGGACCCUCGACCAAACCAAGGUGCCGCCAUGUUCAAGUCAGUGGUCUCCAACAUCAGUAAGAGCAUGCUCAGCUACAGCGACUUCCCCUUCCCAGAGGACGCGCCCAUGUACCCAAGUCAUGAAAGGGUGCAUCAGUAUCUGCGCGAGUAUGCAGACCACUUCAACCUGCUGCCUCACAUCAGGUUUGGAACACAAGUAAUCAAGGUUGAGGAGGCAAAGGACCACGUGACCUCUGGCCAAUGGAUGGUGCACACAUCUGGCAAUGGAGGGAAACACGAGACCUUUGAUGCUGUGAUAUUAUCGAAUGGCUCGGCGUUUGGACGUCCGGUGAGCCCAGAUGUGCCUGGGUACGAGACUUUCAAAGGUGUGAAGCUUCAUAGCUACCAAUACCGGACCAACAAGCCAUUCGAGGGCAAGCGGGUGCUGAUAGUUGGGUCCGGCAACACUGCCUUUGACCUGGCCGUUGAUGUGUGCCGCGUGGCGACUCAGGUUGAUCUGGCACUCCUGAAGGGAACAUGGGUCGUACCACGUCUGCACAAGAAGGGAACACCCAUCGAUUUGCACGCCUUCCGACGUGUGUACUCGGACAUCCCAGUAUCAUGGCUAAAUGGGAUAUUUAAAGAUUUUUCAAACAACCGAUUUGACCAUGACAAGUAUGGAGUUGCUGGGAGGCAACAGCCCAUUACACAGUCAACACCCACGAUCAAUGAUGACAUAGGGCUGUGUCUGGCGUCUCGUAAGGUCUCCAUCAAGCCCCAGCUCGUGAAACUGUUUGGCACCUCUGCACGUUUUGCUGACGGUACAACAGUUGGGGAUGUAGAUGCGGUGAUCUUCGCAACCGGUUAUGUAAACAGCUGCAGUUUCCUUGAUCAUGAGCUUGAAGCUGAUAUCAAGAAGCUGGACCUCUACAAGCUGGUGUUUCCCACGAGACUGGCACAUCCCACCCUGGCGCUGGUCGGGGCCGGACAGAGUAACGGGCCACUCUUCCCCCUUAUGGAACUACAGGCACGUUGGGCUGCCAGGGUUUUCAAGGGUGUCCACAAACUACCCAAUAGCGACACCAUGAAGGCAAACACUGAGGUCUACAAGGAUAUGGUACUUGCAACAUUUGGACGCCUUAAACCUGUUACAAACAACGUUGUGUACCGCGAUGACAUUGCAGCAGAGAUCGGCGCAAAACCCAACCUUCUGUGGCUGAUUAUCAAGGACCCCCUGCUGGCUUACAUGUACUACUUUGGCCCAGCCUACCCGUUUCAUCACCGUUUGGUGGGCCCAAAUCCCUGGAAGGGCGCAGCCGCUGCCUCCAAGCACGCCUACUACAACACGUUGAGCGGCGUGGCGACCAGCUUCACCCCCAAGGACAGCGGCUCAGUCUGGCUCCACACCAAGAUGAUGUUCACCUGCGUGAUCAUCGGCGUGAUCUGUGCCUUAGUCAUCAUUACACGGCUGUGAUGCGUCUGGUGACAACUCUUACAUGGCAAAGUUUGUCAGGGCAGAGUUUAAACACCUUAUGGCCCACCAAUUUGAUUAAUUGGUUCUCGCUUGGAAUGCCACUAUUUCUGCCACUAUUUCUUCCAAAAUGAAAAAGAAUUCAUCACACCACCAAUUUAGAAAUUUUUCACCAUGCACUAAAUUACUAUGAAGCCAUUUGCAAUAUUUAUAGUGUAGUAAAAGUUCUUUUAUAAGCUCAUUACAAUGUGAGUACAAUUAUCAUUGCAGUAAAAGUUUUCAUUCAUAAAAGACAUACAUAAAAACUGUAACUUUACUUUUGAUGAUUUUCAACAAACAGGUGCAGGUGCAAGUCUUUGGUAGCUUGUUUUCAAGAAACCUGUGGUUCUUUAUGUUAUGUAAGCUGUUAUCUUUACCCCAGGCAUAUUUUAAAAAUUCUUAUUACCCUGUCACUCAUGACAUUUCUACUAAUUUAGCUUUAGUAAUAUACUCGUAUGUAACAGGUGAUUUUUUAGGCCAAGGUGCAUGUUUUUUUCUACAUAUGUAUUGUAUGGCUUGUUAUACGGUUGUUCAUCUAUAACUGGAUGACAAAAUAGUUUUCAUAAUAUGUGUAUCCUUGGUUUAGAGUACAUGUAAUUGAGCAAGUGAAAUAAAAUAAGAAAUAAAAGAAAUAAAAGUAUCAUUGCAGGUAUCUUCAUAUAAACAUGCCGUCGUAUUAUAUCCUAGAUAGAGAAACUUGAUUUGAGUCAAUCAUAUAUCCAAUGCUUCUUUGUCAAUUGCAUUGUGUUAUAAAUUAAUUGGAUCAGUUGAAAGCUUUUUCCUCUUAAACAGUGACUUAACGUUCAUUGAUGUAUAGGUGAGUGAGUUGCAAAACAAAAGUGCAAAAAUUCUCCAACCUACACAGUGUCUGACAUUGGCAGACAGAUUUCGGCACUUAUUCGGCACUCACCACAAGAUCAGUCACUGUGCUCAUUGUGCAAAGGCGUGAUUAUAACAAAUCAUUCUUAAGAAAACUAAUCACGUUACUAGUAUUCAAUAAUGCUGGUAAUUAUGAAAAUUAACGGAAAUAUAAUCAAGGGAAAUUUUGACACCCGUUUUGCAGCCUACUCACCUGGUGUUAAAUCCACGAAUAUGUGAUCAUAACAAAAAUAUUAUGAUUGG